CACCCACCCCAGAGGCUCAUCUCUGUUUCUUCCCCCUUUCCCUUCUCUCCGUCUCUCUGCUCCCUUGGUCUUCCGUUCGACCGUUCCUGGCGGCGACGACUGGGCGAGCCCAUUCGCCACGUCUUCGAUCGGCCCUUUGCUGGCGACGAGCAUCCAUCAGAUUUGAGACAUGCCUAAGAUAAAGACAAGCCGUGUGAAAUAUCCUGAAGGAUGGGAGCUUAUUGAGCCAACACUUCGUGAUUUGGAGGCCAAAAUGAGGGAAGCUGAAAAUGAUCCACAUGAUGGGAAGAGGAAGUGUGAAGCUCUAUGGCCCAUCUUCCGUAUUUCUCAUCAGAAGAGUCGCUACAUAUAUGAUCUUUACUAUCGAAGGAAGGAAAUAUCAAAAGAGCUAUAUGAGUUUUGCUUGGACCAAGGCUAUGCAGAUCGCAAUCUGAUUGCGAAGUGGAAAAAGCCAGGUUAUGAGCGCCUCUGCUGCCUCCGCUGCAUACAAACACGAGACCACAACUUUGCAACCACCUGCGUCUGCAGGGUCCCCAAGCAUCUCAGGGAGGAGAAAGUGAUAGAAUGCGUCCACUGCGGAUGCAGGGGGUGUGCCAGCGGCGACUAAAGCCUCGGUCUCGUGGUUGGAAAAUAAUCUCAAAACUAAUCGCUCUAGAUGUCUCCUUAUACUUGAGCUCCUAUGGAAAGUUGAAAACAAACACGGCAUAUGACCAGGCGGUUACAACUUGUGCAAUGGUACGGGUGUGGAGAUGUGCCACUGCCAGCGGCGAAGGACUGCUUUCCUCAUCUCGUUGAAAAUGAUGUCAAAACGGAAAUCACUCUAGAUGUCUGGUUGUAUUUGAUCCCCGUUGAGGAGAAGCACUGUAUAAGCUGUUGAUUUCAACUUGUGCAAUGUAUUGUAAAAAAGCAAGCGACUACUUUCAUGGAUCGUUUACAAAUAUUUGUGACUGUAGCGA